AUGAUGGCGAGCGCAUCUCAAACGCUCUCGAACAGAAACUCACUUAAACGAUUACUGCUAUGGCGGACUCGUACACUCUCCUUGCUGAUUGGAAGGCCAGCAAUACUCAACAAGGCGGAGGUCCGACUACUCCGGUUUUGGGAGGCAAGAAACACCAACAGGAACAGCAGCCGAUCCGGAGAACUAAUGAGUCUUAACAAGUUGUUGAUUGAUGAGAAUUCAAAUCUCAUGCAAGCAUCCAUUGCUGCGGCUCAACAUGUCAGAUUCAGGCAGAGUCUCACAGAAGGUUCUUUCUACAGUCUAGCCGGGUUUGAUAUCACGCGUAGCAACCCAAAAUACUGGCUAUCUGAUGCAGCCCUCUCCGUACGGUUCAAUGAUGGAACUUUGUUUGAAAAGCUUACUACGGCCGUUAGGACCAUAUCCACCGAGCUCUUCCGGAUCCGAUGA